UCGGUGCGCAUUACGCACACUUGCAGCCUGAGCUGCGAACGGGACUCCCACGGUGCUGCUGCCUGUCUUCCAGACCCACUGAUCACACUUCAUGAGUGUGCACAGGUCCGAGGCACCGCACUUGGCUGCAUGGCUGUGAAAGUUCCAUGGACUUGGAACUCGGAAAACUUCUAGUGGCGCUGUACUGGAGCCGGCAGCUUCUGUAGUUACUGUGGAUUAUUGGCAUACCGUAGGAUUCUGACAGCUAUUUAUUGGGGGGUUGUCGGCGUGUCCCUCUCGCUCCGCAAGUGUGAGCCGCAAUGGGGAGCAAAGCUCUGCACGCUCCGAUCCCCCUGCACCCGCCCUUGCAGCUCACUAACUACUCCUUCCUGCAGGCCGUCAACACGUUCCCGGCCGACCAGCUGCAAGGACUAUACGGCCUUAGCGCGGUGCACACCAUGCACAUGAACCACUGGACUCUUGGCUACCCGCACAUCCAAGGACUGAGAUCGACUAUAACAGAAAUGGCAGCCGCCCAGGGCUUGAUGGACCCCAGGAUUCCAUUCCCGACUUUGCCCUUCACCGCCGCCGCGCAGCUCUUCCAUCCAAAACAAGCCUCAGUCAUGCACGGCGUGCCAUCGCUGCGCAAGGACAGGCCGAGGUUCGACUUUGCCAAUCUGGCCCUGGCCGCAACGCAGGAGGACCCGCCGAAGGCUGCGGAUUUGGCCAAGCUGGCGUCGGGACUCGGGGGAACCAUAACCGAGCUGAACAAGCUGUCCCCGGACAGAAAACCCACAAGGGGCAGGCUCCCGUCCAAGACUAAAAAGGAAUUUAUUUGCAAGUUCUGCGGUAGGCAUUUCACCAAGUCCUACAACCUCCUCAUCCACGAAAGGACCCACACGGACGAGCGACCCUACACCUGUGACAUUUGCCACAAGGCUUUCAGAAGACAGGACCACCUCAGAGAUCACAGAUACAUCCACUCCAAGGAAAAGCCAUUCAAAUGUCAAGAGUGCGGGAAGGGAUUUUGCCAGUCCCGAACUCUAGCGGUCCAUAAAACCUUGCACAUGCAGGAGUCUCCCCACAAAUGCCCCACAUGCGGAAGAACCUUUAAUCAAAGAAGUAACCUGAAAACUCACCUUCUCACCCAUACAGACAUCAAGCCCUACAGCUGUUGCCGCUGCGGAAAGGUGUUUCGGCGCAACUGUGACUUGCGACGGCACAGUUUGACACACAGCCCACACCAGGACUUCUAGGUCAGGACAGAAAUAAACAAAAUAAACGGGGGGGGAUGAAAUGGACACGACAAGAGGAGUCAGCAUUUUUUUUCUCUCAAUGCAUAGACAAGAUCCAAACGCGGAUAUUGCAAAUCGCGCAUGAACCGAUUGCGCAGCAUGUUGGACAACACCAUGUAAAUAUCAAGACCAUGUACAUAAAAAUGUAUUUUCUGGCAUUCAAAUGACAAAGUUGUUAUAAAAAAAAUGUUGAAUUGUAUUUUAGAAAUAAAUAUUUCCAUUGCAUA